AUGGAGAGUGGAUUUGCCACCACCUUAUUAACCAGGGACGACCUGAAUGGGGCUUCUGGGCUGAAAAGCAGUUCCCCUCUGAUAGAUGUGAAGAAGCAGUCAGCAGAUAUGAUCAGCGGACAGCUCUCGCCCCGUCUUUUCCGUAAGCUUCCGCCCAGGGUUUGUGUCUCUCUGAAAAGCAUUGUGGAUGAACAUUUCCUGUGUGCGGGGCACAUCUUCCUCGGCUUCUCCAAGUGCGGGAGGUACGUCUUGUCCUACACCAGCAGUAGCGGCGAUGACGAUUUCUCCUUCUACAUCUACCAUCUCUAUUGGUGGGAGUUCAAUGUCCACAGCAAGCUAAAAAUGGUGCGUCAGGUUCGGUUAUUCCAAGAUGAAGAAAUCUACAGCGAUCUGUACCUGACCGUCUGCGAGUGGCCCAGUGACUCCUCCAAGGUCAUCGUCUUUGGCUUCAACACCCGCUCAUCUAACGGCCUGCUAAUAAACAUGAUGAUGAGCGACGAAAACCACCGGGACAUCUACAUCAGCACCGUCGCCAUGCCUCCUCUCGUGCACUGUCCCAGCUGCAGGGACGUGGCCAUCGCCCAUCCAGGUGAUCCCAACGCCAAAUGUUUGCAGCACGGCUUCAUGCUGCACACCAAGUACCAGGUGGUCUACCCAUUCCCCACAUUCCAGCCAGCCUUCCAGCUGAAGAAGGACCAAGUGGUGCUCCUCAAUACCAGCUAUUCUCUCGUGGCCUGCGCGGUUUCUGUGCAUUCUUCAGACGACAGCAGCUUCUGCCAAAUCCUUUACGACAGGAGUCGUCACCCUCCGUCCCCCGUGGGCGAGGCAUGCCGCGCGCCCGUCCCCUCGUCGCCGUGUCCCAGCAGUUCCAAGGACGGGCUGGAAAGAGACAGUGGCCCCUGCCGGAGCGUGGCCGCAUCGCAGCAAACCGUCCCGGCACCUCCGCAGGACACGGGAAACCACGUUUCGCCCGCCGUCGCCAUGGCGAAGGAGUUCGUCGCAGACAUCUUCCGGAGGGCGAAAGAGGCCAAAGGCUCCGCCCCGACGGAAGCGGAAGCGGGCGCCGGGCUGGAGCCCCUUCUUGACUCGGGGGCCGGGGGCCAGGGUUCCUCGGCCUCGUGGGAUCUGGGGAAGAGUUUGGGGUUGCACAGCAGCGGUGUUCCCAGCUCCGCCUCUUCUGGGAGCACUUCCGAGGCGGGAGGGUCGCCCAAGGAUUCUCCCAGCGCCGAGCCGGAGAGCCAGGCGGUCGAGCCGGGCUAUGUGAACUACACCAAACUGCGCUACGUCCUGGAGCCUGGCGAUCUCUCCGAGGCAGAGGACGAAUACGAGGACGACAAGAUCUCUUUGCCAUUUGUCGUGACAGACUUGCGAGGAAGAAACCUGAAGCUCCUGAAAGAGAGGGCCGUCUGUCAGGGCCAGUAUCUGACGGUGGAGCAGCUCACGCUGGAUUUCGAGUACGUCAUCAACGAGGUCAUCCGGAACGACGCCUCGUGGUCCAAGCAGUUCUGCUCCUUCAGCGACUACGACAUCGUCAUCUUGGAGGUGUGUCCAGAAACCAACCAAGUGAUCAUCAAUAUUGGACUCCUACUCCUCGCCUUUCCUUCCCCCGACGAAGAGGGACAGCUCCGGCCAAAGACCUAUCACACCAGCCUCAAAGUGGCGUGGGACCUGAACACGGGGGUCUUUGUCACCGUCAGCGUGGGGGAUCUCACCGAGGUCAAAGGGCAGACCAGCGGCAGUGUGUGGAGCUCUUACCGGAAGAGCUGCGUGGACAUGGUGAUGAAGUGGCUGGUGCCCGAGAGCAGCGGUCGCUACGUCAACAGAAUGACCAACGAGGCCCUUCAUAAAGGCUGCUCCUUGAAAUUCCUCGCAGACAACGAGCGCUACACGUGGAUCGUCUUGUGAAAGCUUCAGUAGUUCAUUCCCUGCCAUAACCGUGUCGGAUUCAACUACCUCCAUGUUGAAAAGUCGUGUUUUUUUUUAAUUUCCCCCCUCCCUCGGCCAGACGGCCUCGUUUUGAGUUGGGUGGGACCGCACCCUGGGCUUCGUCGCCUCUCUCUCUCUCUGGGGCGGGAGCCGUAAGGCUGACCCAGGCGUUCUGAACGGCCUUCCGCUCCCGGCGGGCUAGUCCGGCCAGCCGAACGGCCAGCGUGCCGCUGCCGGAGAAUUCCCAGAAGGCAGCUGUUUUUGCUGUGCAGACGGGGGGCCCUCCGCAGCAAGCAGGCCCGUGUGAACUUAGCAAGACUCUAGGGAGGGGGUCUCUCCUCCAGGGCUCGCCCUCCCCCAGGGCUACGUUGGAAUGCUGACGCAUGAACGCGUCUGGGGCCAUGAGUCUAUGCCGGAGACCAAACAUAGCAUCUCUGUGCUUUCACUGGGAAAGCCAUCUCUCCCCCCCACCCUCAAGUUUAGAUGCCAUCUCUCCCUCUCCCCU